CUGCAUGCUGGUUAGAAACUGCUUGGAUAAAGUAAUUUAACGAAUGACAUAUUUGUAAAUUUGUUUGCAAGAGGCAAACAUAUAUGAAAGUAAUAUAAAAUUAAACUAUAUUAAAAGCAAAAACAAUUUCAAAAUCAAAGCAAACAUUUUCUCCCUGUGUAAGCAUCUUUUCUCACUAGGUUCAACACUAUGUAUCGUAUCAUCCUGCUGCUCUUCUUAGAGCUCUCUAUGACAUCCUGUGAUCUGACCGUCCCAUUAAACGUCGACAUUUCUAUUCCUUGCCUUCCUGACAAUACCCCCCAACUGUCUGACUCUGAAUUUACCUGGAGAUUUAGGCCUGUUCACACACAGGGUCUCAACAGUGAAGUGGAAAUAAAAUGGAAGGGCAACAUCUUGCACAUCACAAAUGUAAAUGGCAGUAAUGAAGGAGUAUACACGUGUGUGCACGAAGGAUGGAAACAAGAGGAUCGGGUUAGGUUGAGAAGAACGUUCACAAUACGUGUGGACGAACCAAUUCCUGUUCAAGAGUGGAAGGUCAUGAAAAUAGUAGCUGGCGAUGAUGUAAUGCUUCCAUGUAAGACUAAAUCUUCCUCAUCUGGACCAAGUGAAACUCCCCCUGUUGUCUGGAAACGGGGCAUGGUGCCACUUGACCCAAAAGAUAUGGAUGAAGAGCACCAACAAAAGGACAACAUGGAGCACAGGGUAUUCUGGGAUACCAGCCCUAAAGAACAGGACUGGGGGAUCAAAAUUCUUCAGGUUACAAAUGAGGAUGCUGGAAUGUACCACUGUACCGUAAAGAACUCUACUGAGAUGCUGGUGGUGGAGCUGGUAGUUAAAGACGCUCCUCUGCCCCGUUGCUCCGGCCACACUGACCACUGGGAGCCGUGCAUUGAUCCAGACAGCAGAUCUUGGAGAUCAAUCCUGCAGGAAUCCCUCUUACAUUUCUCCACUUCCGUGUACUCUCAACUUAAAGGUUCAAAGCCCAGAACAAACCUGAUUUUCUCCCCAAUUAGCAUCGCUUCCAUUCUCUCGAACCUACUUUUGGGUGCUCGUGCUGAGACCAGAACACAAUUAGAGAAUGCCCUCAAGCUCCCCAACGAAUUCUCCUGUGUGCAUUCUGAAAUGAAAAGAUUGAAACAAGUAACAAAGAACUCGCUGAGCAUGGCCUCCACCAUCUAUUAUUCUCCAGAAGAAACAUUGGGAGAAGCGUUCAUCAACCAAUCAUUGGAGUUCUACGAUGCAGUACCACAGAUGCUGACCAAUGACAGCAAUCAAAAUGUGAAGCUCAUCAAUAAAUGGGUGGCGGAGAAAACAAAUGAGAAAAUCACUCAUUUAGUUGACGAAGUGGAUCCUUCCAGCCUUUUUGUUCUUUUAAACGCUGUCUACUUUAAUAGCAAAUGGAAAAUGGUAUUUGAUUCCAUGAGUAAACAGGCAGAGUUCACUAAAUUCUCAGGUGAGGAGAAAAAUGUGUCCUCUCUAUACAGCUCCAAGUACAAGCUGGCGAUGAGCUACAACAAAAAGUUAAAAGCCCAGGUUGGAAGGCUCCCCCUGACAGACAAAAACAGUCUGUACAUUCUGCUGCCACCCACAUCAACAGAAGAAUCCUUCUCACUGAUGGAGAAAAACAUGAACCACACAAAUCUUUCAGAAAUGGUUUUUGAAAUGAGCAAAAUGACACUCCAAACUGCUGAGGUCACGCUGCCUAAAAUAAAACUGGCAGUGACCACACCAUUGGAGAAGUUACUGAGAAAUCUGGGUUUGUCAGAUCUCUUUCAUGAUCCUAACCUGUGUGCUUUGUCUACUGGAGAUUCAGCCAUCUCGGAUGCUCGGCAUCGGGCGUUUCUGGCACUCACUGAGAAGGGAGUGGAGGGGGCAGCGGCCACCAGCAUUUCUCUUUCUCGUUCCUUCCCUGUAUUCACAGCUCUACAGCCCUUCGUUCUGAUAGUGUGGAGCUAUGAGGUCGGCGCUCCUCUCUUCAUGGGAAGGAUAGUUGAUCCAUUCGAAACAAACCAGAGAAUGUGAGAGAAAAAAAUUGCAAUAUUGAUCAAACCCCUAGUCGCAUCACAAGAAAAAGCACUUAUGGAUAAAGACAAAGUUUCUGUUGUACAUUAAUUCAUCCAUCACAAAA